AUGAUGAACCGAAGUAAUAACAACAGUAGGCGAAUUUACGUCGGAAAUUUACCAUCUAAUGUAGAUGAGAGAGAUCUGGAGGAUAUCUUUUACAAAUACGGCGACAUUUCUGAUGUUGACUUGAAGAUUCCUCGAUACGGAACUGGUGGCACGCCGUUUGCCUUCGUCGAAUUUAGUGAUCCAAGGUAUGGAGAUCUGACAUGAUGUCUUCAGUGACCUAAUACAACUUUUUUUAUCGACAAUUCUUGUCAGCACUCAAACUCUCACUUUGCAUCAGUCCAUUUUCGAUGCCAGGAUGGGUUUCACUUCCUUCCCGGAACCUUUCUUUUGUUCUGCAAUAAGCUCUCAUCUCUAAACUUUGUUUCUCUUUUUUUUCCUUUUUCCUUGUUCUUCAACCUUCGCCAUUCAGAAAAGAUUAUAAGUCUGGUAUUUUCAACGUGACUGUUUACACAGCUAUGCUGUUUAUAGUGGGUCAGUAAAUGUGUUUAGUGUAAAUGGCUUGGCAAAAAUGAAGUUGGAGAUUUUUUCGAAUACACUCUUUCCUUGAAUUAUUUUGCGGGUUUUUUCUUUUAAGAUUUUCCGUUUUAAUUUUUAUUGUAGUUAAAACCAUAGAAAAUUUCAGGAGGUAGAAAAUCGUUGCUUAAUUUUUAUUUCUCUAAUGUCACUUUGUACAGAGAUGCAGAAGAUGCAGUGAGAGGGAGAGACGGAUAUGAAGUUGAUGGACAGAGGAUUCGUGUAGAAUUUCCUCGUGGUGGCCGUGGUGGAGGUCGCUCUGGAGGUGGAGGGUUUGGAGGUGGAGGAGGAGGAGGCUAUGGUGGUGGUGGUGGAGGAGGUGGAGGUGGUCGUGGUCCUCCUCCUAGGCGCUCUGAUUACCGUGUUAUGGUCUCUGGUUUGCCACCAACUGGUAGCUGGCAAGAUCUCAAGGAUCAUAUGCGGGAUGCUGGUGAUGUUCAGUUCACAGAUGUUUUUAAAGAUGGAACUGGCAUUGUGGAGUUUUCUCGGUAUGAUGACAUGAAAUAUGCCUUGAAACAUCUGGAUGAUUCUAAGUUCCGCUCACACGAGGUACACAAUUUUAAUUGUUACAACUGCCAGUCUUGUACAGUACUUGGUUUGUCUUUUUCAGAGAAAAGUAUGUAUAAUUGUUUUCAUCAUUUUUCUCUCUUUCUCUAGGGUGAAGUUGCAUUCAUCAGAGUCAAACCUGACAAUCCAGGACGUGGUUCACGAAGUCGUAGCAGAUCACUUUCAAGGAGCCGAUCCCCAAGAAAAAGAUCCCACUCUCGUUCCCACAGUCCACGUCGGUCUUAUUCACCAAAGAAAUCAAAGUCACCCUCAAGAUCACCAAAGAAGAGGAAAUCAGUCUCUCCAAGGCGUUCCAGAUCCCGUUCUCGUUCCCGUUCAUAGACAUAAACUGUUUGCUGUGAUGUAUUAUUUGUGUUGUAUUACCACCAAGAAAAGGCUUUCACUUUAAACCCUUAGUUGUAGAAAAAGGACUCUUUUAAUAAUUCUAUAUUGUUGUGGCUAGUUAGAUCUUUUACUUUUCCAUGGUAUUAUUUUCAGGACAGCACAAGCACUUUCUGAUAUUGGAAAGGAAAGCUAGGAAUGAAACAUGUUUCAACAGUUAUGUUGCUAAAGAAAUCAAACUGGAUAAGGAAACAGUGGAAAUAAAAUGACUCUUGGAACAUUAGGACAUGUUCUUUGGACAUGGUAUGCAUGGUUUUAAGCUACAGUGAUAUUUCUUCAAGACCAAAAUACCCCUUUUUAAACAGCAGACAUUGUUUUGCACUUGUAUUAGAAAUACAACUUAGUUUUAAGCAACACCACAAGUUUGUUUUCUUUUCACUUAUAGUUCACUUUGUAUAGAUUAGUUACUCUUUAUGGCAACUUAUGAUUAAAAGAUGAAUAAGUUAAUAGAUUUGUUCAAUUUUCCUAAAAUUCAUAGUCAAUUGAUUACAAGCCAGUAGCAAUUUUCCUCCAGCACACUAUUAAAUGUUUGGGAAAUUGAAGGGAAAAAGACUAUUUUCAAGCGAUUUCAAGCGAUUUUCAUUGACAAGUUGACUUCUUUACAAUCUUGUGACAGAUAAAAAGCUGUCGUCCGGAGGAGUCCGGAACCUCUCAUGUCAGUCAGUGAUCACGGAUCAUUAGGAUAGGAACUGGAGGUCAGCUCCAGUACAGUUUUGGGACAGAACACCGGAAACAAUCAGGAAAUCAAACAAUCAGGAGUCAGUUUUUUGGAACUCUUUCAAUCAUCUGGAUAAGGAUUUGGAUCUUAACUCAUUUGGUAGUUGCCAACAAUUUUGGAGGAAAAUCACAGUUUGGAAUGGAGGAAUAGCAAUCACUAUCUUUCAUACAAAAUGGUCUUAUACAGUAUUCUUCUUUGGAGGGUAACCUAAAUCUGGUAUGAAUUUUAAACAUUCAGUUUUGUUUGAAAGACCUCAAAUUUAGCGGAGUGAAAGCUGAUCCCCAAAAUUUCCUGAUUCAAAUUUGGACAAAAUCACUAAUUUUUGAAGUUUUCAAUGAAGUUUUUCUGUUUUUCCCCAACCUUUCUGUCAUAGUUAUCUUGCUUGUUUUGUUUUUUACUACUGACUUU